GGUGCUGUGCUGAACGAGCUCCUUUUUGCGGAGGAAGCGGCACAUGGCACGCAGGACUCCGCUGAAGAGCCGAACGCAACGAAGGAGGUCCAAGUACGUGUCCGCAGGGCUGGAGACAGUGUCACUUCCGAGGAGGUUUACGUGACGGUUGCCAGCACCGCGUCAAUGCGUGAUGUUCGGGCAGCGGUUGCAGAGAAGUGCAACAACCCGGCAUUCCUUCAGAGAGCCAAGCUGGUGAGAAAUCGGGGAGGUGUUCUUGUCGGCUACCAGGACUCCGAACCAAUCCGAGGCCGACGCAGGCUUUUGUUCUUGGGCCCAUCACUUUGGCGGGAUGGUGAUGUCGGAGAUGAGGCACCGUCCGCUGGCGAUUCCGACAGUGAGGAACCCGACGGUGCAGCACCUGGAACCCUCUCGCUGGAGAAGGCGCGCCGCUUCCUUCACAGGGUCAAAGAUGCUUGUGCCAGCCAGAGCUUCCAACAGUCAGUUGCGGAGCUACGGGCCCGUGCUCGGCAGCGAGGAGAGACGACGGGCACCAGAAUGGCCGUGGGGACUCUCUUCAUUGCGGCCUGUCAGAGCAUUCUCAGGAAGUUUGGCUUUGGCAUUGACCGUCAGGGAUAUGAGCAGAUGUUCACCGCGAUCUUCCCACAUGGGCAGGAUCCAACGAUCCUGGCGCUGGCUUCAGAUAUCGAGAAAUUGCUCGGCGUUCCAGUUGGAUCCUGGUUUGGUCUGUCAAAUGAGGUCAUCCAGGAUGGAUCCGCACAGCUGAGCCGUGACGAGGCGCGCCAAGUGGUGACUGAGAUUCGACGUCUGGUCGGCUCGCCCACCUUCCAGAAAGAGGUCAUCGCCAUUCGGGAUGGCGUUCGCAGCAGAAACGGCAGCUUGCAAGAAGUCAGCCAGGAGGUUUACAUGCCUUUCUACCGGCUGGUGAGACCUAUCACGCUGGCAUUCCGCCUGGGCGGAGAUCCCCAGUGCCUGGCGCGGAUGAGCGCAGCGCUGGCUCCGCACCUGGAGGAUGCGCAGCUUCGGUCCGCCGUCCGACAGGUGGAGACAACCUUCCUGCACACGCACCCUGGAGCAUUCUUCGCGACUUCACAGGAUGCGCCCCAGGGAAGCCUGGAGGCCACUGUGAAGAUACGCAUCCGACAUGCUGUCAGUGGAGCUGAGGUACCCUUGACCGUCCCAGCUUCAUCUACAAUGGGAGAGAUCCGUGAGGCGCUGGCGAAAGCAGUUGAAAGUGAGGAGGUAUGGCGAAAUGGCAGACUGGUCGAAUCACGGCGGGGAGGUGCGUUCACUUCCUUCAAGGAUGGUGAGAAGCUCCAAAAGCGGCGUCGCCUGCUUUUUCUCGGUGCCGAUCUGCCAACCAAGCAGAUCAACGGUGCCGCGAAGGUGAAGCUUACCAGGCAGCAAGCGGUCGAACUUCAGAACGAACUGCUCGAAGGGUUCAGGUCUGGCGACUUCCAGGAACGCUUCCGGGAGCUUCAGGCAAAGUUUCCCGAUGGGGGCGCCACCUUCUACGUGGAAAGAAGGAAGCUGGUCCUUUCAGUACAGACCAAGGUCAUUCCGAAGUAUGGCUUUGCUGCGGAUUUGAGUGGCGUUUUCGACAUGGUCCGCCUCCUUGCCUCCCUCCCGGACGAGGAGAACGAGAUUGGCAGGAGAGGAUGGGAGAUCGAAAGGCUCAUUGGUGAACGGGAGACGAGCCAUGAGAAUGCGCAGGCCAAGGAUGUUGAUGCCGGCAUAGACACGGAAGCUUCAGACGAGGUUCUCGAUGUUCAGCCGGCACCUGACACUGACGCCGAGAACACCGCAAGAGGGGAAAAUCAGUUUAUGAAUGCGCUUGAUCAGAUGGAGGAUGAGGGAAUGACGAGCGAGCAGGCGCCGACAGUAGGCCUCGCAGAGGUGCUGGCAGAAAGUGACGGCCACGAUAGUUUUGCAGAGAAACAAGCUGUCGAAGAGGUCAAGUUGCCGGCAGGAGCAUCCGCUGUCAGCGCAGCAGAUUUAGAAACUACACAGGCCGAGCCUGCAGACGUGGCAGAGAAUCCUAGCUUGGACCAGCACCCGCCAGCGAGUGGUGGCCAAGAAGCGGAGGAAACCGCAAUGCAUUCCGCCCCAGAUGACGCAGCUGAAGCUGAGCUCGAGGCUGCAGAGUUCUCAGCGGCUCAGGAGGAAGACAUGAACCCUGCGCAGCCCAAAACUGAAGCGACGGAGGCCAUGGCAGAGGAAUCCACCUUGGACCAGCGCGCUGCUGCGCCAGGGUCGUCUCCUUCUUCUGAAGGUGGCCAAGAAGUGGACAAGAUAGCAAUGCAAUCCACCACAAAUGAAGCAGCUGACGCUGAACUCGUGGCUGGAGAAGCUUCUGCAGUUCAGGAGGAAGACAUGAACACUGUGCAGGCUGAAACUGUACCUGUGGCAGAGGCCGUGGCAGAGGAUUCUAGCUUAGACCCUCACGUUGCCAUGCCUGAGACAGCAGUACACUCCACCACAGAUGAUGCAGCUGAUGCUGAGCUCGUGGCUGGAGAAGCGUCUGCAGUUCAGCAGGAAGCCAUGAACACUACGCAGGCUGAAGCUGUAAACGUGGCAGAGGCCGUGACAAAGGAUUUCAGCUUAGACCAUAACGCUGCCGCGCCUGAGACAGCAGUGCACUCCACCACAGAGGAUGCACCAGCGUCUGCAGUUGAUGAGAAAGACAUGAACACUGCGCAGGCUGAAACUGUAACUGUGGCAGAGGCCGUGGCAGAGGAUUCUAGCUUAGACCGUCACGUUGCCGUGCCUGAGACGGCAGUGCACUCCACCGCAGAUGAUGCAGCUGAUGCUGAGCCCUUGGCUGGAGAAGCUUCUGCAGUUCAGGAGGAAGAAAUGAACACUGCGCAGGCUGAAACUGUAACUGUGGCAGAGGCCGUGGCAGAGGAUUCCAGCUUGGACCGAAACCUUGCCACGCCUGACACGGCAGUGCACUCCACCACAGAUGAUGCAGCUGAUGCUGAGCUCGUGGCUGGAGAAGCGUCUGCAGUUCAGCAGGAAGCCAUGAACACCACGCAGGCUGAAACUGUGACUGUGGCAGAGGAUUCCAGCUUGCCUGUAUCGUCCGGUGGCCAAGAAACAACAGAAGCAGCAGAGCACACCUACCCCUUCGUAGAUGGUGCAGCUGAUGCUGCUUCUUAUGCUGGAGAAGAUUUUGUGGGGUCCAAGGAGGACACAUUCGCAACAAGGUCAUCCAACGGUGUAAGCACGGAGUUGCAAGAUUCGAUCAGCCACAGGGAGUCGCUCGUGAGCUCCAUGGCUGCGAAUGUACAACCUGUGGUCGAGGGAGAUCUCAAGCAGGCUGGCUCUGAGAGAGAUCGCUUGGCUGAAGCCUCCAGCCGACAACAUCUGGAGGGCCCUGAGGCCUUACCGGGGCAGGAGGCGACCCACACGGAGACUGAAGAGCAAAGGGAGCUGGAAGUGAAUGGCGUGGCUGCCGUUCCGGAGGACGAAGAGGGUCAGGACGAGGGUGAGGAAGAGGAGGAAGAGGAGGAAGAGGAAGAGGAGCUUGACGAAGACUGGGACGAGGCGGCUCGGAUCGUGGACGAAACCUCUGCGCAGAUUCAGGAGGUCUUGGCCGCGACUCGCACUGCCUCCAAGAAGGAGAAGCCCGCUCUGCUAGCUCGAAAGCGUGAGCUGGAGACCGGCGCCGAAUAUUUGGAUGCUUUGGCAUACCUGGAGGAUCCCGUCGGCGAGCGACGACGACGGCAAGACGCUGAUGCUGAGGCAUCUCGCAUAGUUGACGAAGUUGCAGGCAAGAUCGCAGAGGUCCUCAUAUCCAUGAGGACAGCCUCCAAAAAGGACAAGCCUGGACUACUUGCACAAAAGCGAGAACUGGAAAAUCGUCCGGAGUAUUUAAAUGCCCUCCAGUACUUGGAGGAUCCCGCCAAAGAGCGACAGUGCCGAAGGCAAAGCGCGCAGCAGUGA